AGAAGAGGAAGAGUUUCACACGGCACUUCCGGCAGAAAACCGCGCUGGACCUGCAGACGGAAUUUGUCCUCUGUCAUGUGCACUGAUUCCAUUUCCUGAAAGACACCCAAAUCUGCGUAUUUUUAGUUUGAGCUACAGAAGAAUGUUUAUUUUCAAUGGGUGUGAGCCGGCUUGAUGUUCUUUAUAGAAGGCUUCUUCUCACCAAACUCUUCAUCCAAGGAUGGGGGAAGCCAGAGGAUCUGAAAAGAAUAUUCAAGUUUCGGAAAAUCAUAGGCAACAGGGAGAGGUGCAAGAAUCUGGUACCAGUGGACUAUCCGAUAUUCAUUGACAAAGUAGAGGAUCACACAGAUUGCAAAAUUCACAACGGUCAUUUCAUAUCACCGUUGGAGCACUUUGUACCAGGCAUCUUGCCAACAGAGUCCAUCAAAGCCCGAUUCCAGUUCAUUGUACCCAAGAAAUGGAAGAGGCACAGACCAGUCUGUAUUCAUUUGGCUGGAACAGGAGACCACUUUUUCUGGCGAAGACGAACCCUGAUGGCCAGACCAAUGGUGAAAGAAUCAGGAAUGGCAUCGCUUCUGUUGGAAAAUCCUUAUUAUGGAUACAGGAAACCUAAAGACCAACUUCGCUCCAGUCUGAAUAAUGUAUCAGACCUUUUUGUGAUGGGUGGAGCCCUCAUCCUAGAGUCUGCAGUCCUGCUACACUGGCUGGAGCGAGAGGGAUUCUGGCCUCUGGGCAUGACUGGCAUUUCUAUGGGAGGACAUAUGGCAUCAUUAGCUGUAACUAACUGGCCCAAACCGAUUCCGCUGAUACCUUGUUUAUCCUGGACUACUGCCUCGAGUGUUUUUACUACAGGUGUGUUAAGUAGAGCUGUGAACUGGAGGGAACUUGAAAAACAGUAUGCUGCACAUACAGUGUAUGAGGAGGAAAUCAUCAAUAUGCUGGAGUAUUGUGGGACAGAUUCUUUCAGGAUGGGCCAGGAAUUUGUGAAAAACGCCCCAGGCAGCUUUGACAGACUCACAGACCUGUAUCUCACCCAUGACCUCCUUAACCUCCGUUCACCAGAGAGGGAACAGAUGGGGCUGCGCUCAUCAGCCUCGUGUUCUCAGCUUGGAGGCGGAGGUCACACCUCAGACUCAGCCCUGCUGAUGGGGCGGAGAGAGAGAGAUGGACUGGAUCAGAUGUUAUCUGCUGUGAGCAGCAGUGGGGCUCAUUUGGACAUGCUACAUGCAAAGAACAUCACCUACGGGUCAGGCCAGCAGCAGCCGCUGCAGCGGGAGUCUCUCUGCUUCAUGAAGGGAGUUAUGGAUGAAUGCACACACAUCGCCAAUUUUUCAGUGCCUGUAGAUCCCAGUCUGAUCAUAAUAGUCCAGGCAAAGGAAGAUGCAUAUAUUCCCCGCACUGGAGUUCGCAGCUUACAGGAGAUCUGGCCUGGCUGUGAGGUUCGCUACCUCAAUGGAGGCCACAUCAGCGCUUACCUCUUCAAACAAGGACUGUUUCGGCAAGCAAUUUAUGACGCCUAUGACCGGUUUCUUCAGAAGUAUUCCAACUUAUAGCCAUGGAUACUUUGGUACUCGGUACAGACAAGAAUCGUGGCAUUUAGAAAGUAUGAUGUGGAGAUGGAGAACACUGAAUGUGAUGGCCCUGAUGUCACAAAGGACUUUGUAACUGAAACGAACAACCUGGUGCUACCAAAGGGAGGCCGUGUGCGCAACCCAUACAAAACCUUGUCUUCCUGACCCUGUUGCCUUUGAUCACGUAUAUCAUGACUGAAACACGUAUAUCAUGACUGAAACAUACUUAACAAGCAAGGGACAAAGAUGUGUCUCCAAACUCAUAAUUAAUUCACUCAUCAUGGUGUCUUUUAAACUCUUAAAGGAGCAGGAAAUAUAUGUUUUGAAUUGUGGGGUAAAUGAAUGAAGUGUGCUGUCAGUAGCUCUGCUAAUCAUGCUUUGGAUUACUUUAAACUUCAGGUUCAAUCCAAAGGACAUGAAAAUUAUUACAAGAUAAUUGUAUUUCCCCAACAGCUCUCAGACAAUCACAGUCCAUAUAUAUAUAUAUAUAUAUAUAUACAUACAUACAUACACACCGAUCAGCCACAACAUUAAUACCA